GUUUUGCCAUCUCUAGCGGAUUUGUGGAAAUUUCCGCAAAAUAAAAAUAAAAAUAGAAAUUGCUCGGCUUGGCCAACUAGCAAGCGAUGCACAAAGGGGCGCCACCUUGGCAAGUGGGCGGUGCCAACGAGGCAGCCGGAAUGCUGGAUGGCCACCUGGCCGGGACUCCCGCAGAGGGGGCAGAAGAAGAAGAGGCUGCGUCCACGAAACAACUACAACCACUGAUAAGAAGUGAAAGGUGGUGGUCUUGCAGUCGCAGGAUAAUCUUCCUGGAACUCCUGAUCCUGCUCCUCACCGCGAUUCCCCUGCCCUCGAGCAAUGCCACCCACAUCAGCGGGCAGUUCCAGACGGAGGACUUUUUCCAGUUCCUGGUGAAAUUCGGCUUCAACAAGGCGGAUCCCACGCGACGGAAUGCCUUUGGAUAUAUCUACGGCAACAUCACGUCGCAGGAUAAGUAUGGGGUUCCCCUCACUCUCGUCGUCCUGGACAGGAGCACUUUCCUCGAGUUCUACGGAAAUCGCAGUCAGCGGAGCAGGGAGGCCGCCUGCACGGGCAUGUUCUCCCGCCUCCAGAGGAUCGCCUACGACUCCACGUGCAAUCCCCGUGCCAAAAGAGACUUCCUGCGACACGUCCCCUGUCCUGUCAAUCAGCUAUGCAGCGAUGAGGAUGCACCCGGAAACGUCGUCCCGGGAUCGCAGUUCACCUAUGUUAUCAACCUGGAGGCGGAACCAAGAUUCUGGUACCUCUCCCUGGUGGCCUGCUAUCAAAACCAGAGCACCUGCCAGUGGCACGCCCACGAGAGCCUGCCCAGAUUGAGUAAACUCAGCAGCAACCUUCUGAAUACCCUGCACUACGACAUCCACCUGGUCAACUUACACCCAAACAACUCGGCCGCUCAUCCACUGACCUACCAAUACUCGUACGAUCAGCAGAACCUUCUGGAGAUGUAUCUCGUGUUCAUGCUCGUCUAUAUUGUGCUGCUGCCCAUGCAAAUUUACGCGGUGCGGCGGCAGAAGCAUCCAGUGACCAAGUUGUUCACCCUUAGUCUGCUGAGCGAGUUCGUUAGCUUGGCUUUGAUCACCGCCCAUCUGAUUCACUAUGCAGCCAAUGGAGUGGGAGAGCCGAGAUUGCAGGCGGCGGGCGAUGUUCUGGACAUUCUGAGCCGCACCACCUUCAUGCUGAUCCUGUUGCUAUUGGCCAAAGGUUGGGCUGUAACUAGGCAACAAAUAAGCAGAACUGGUUGGAUUAUCCUAAUGUCCAUCUGGGUGCCAUACUGCGCGUUUCACGUGUUCCUUUACAUCUGGGAUAGGACGGAAGUCGAUGUGGUUUCCGACAUUGACGAAUACCAGACCUGGCCCGGCUGGAUAGUCUUGAUACUACGCACCUCCUUUAUGAUGUGGUUCCUUUACGAGCUGCGCAACACAAUGAAGUACGAGCACUCUACGAAGAAACUUGACUUCCUGCUGCAUCUGGGCGCCUCCAGUUUGGUGUGGUUCAUCUACCUGCCCAUCGUUGCCAUUGUGGCGCUGCAGGUCAGCCCCAUGUGGCGCUACAAGCUGCUGCAGGGCAUCACUAACUCGGCCGACUGCAUGGCCUAUUGUGUGAUGACGGGCCUGUUGUGGCCACAUCGAGCGGGCCAAUAUCUGCUCCUGGCGGGCACCAAGUAUGCGGGCAUGGACGAGUUGGACGAGUUCAACGAAGCGCCCCACAUUGUCAGAGAGCGUGAGAGGCGUCGCAAUUCCCCGCCCGAUGAUAUUUCCAUUGGAACGGGGAGCGGCGGAGGUCGGGGGAUGGUGCUGUCCACAAGCAUUCCACAUUCACUGAACGGCGAUGCCUGCAAUGAUCUUCUGGAGGCGGAAGAUCUCGACGCCGAGCUGCUCACCGAUCUUAACAAAAAUAGCCAUAUUGUGGCGUAG